AUGGUCUGGUGUCGAGAUGCAGCUGGUGUGGCUGUGACCCUGGCCUGCCAUUCAUCUUGCUUUGCCUUCAAGCACGAUUCUUCCCUUGAUAAUGUGAAGGCGCAACAAUUCCCUGGGCCCUGGAGUAUAAUGGAGACAAGGCUGGAGCACCCUCAGAUUUACUACAGGGAAACAUGCACUGAGCGCCAGGAGGGCAGACAGCCGGCUACACAGCAGGGCCGUCGUCCGUCAGGGGCCUCUCCCUUCCGGUCUGAGGGAGGGGGGCUUAUAUUUUCAUUUCUCCGCACCCUAAUCCUACUUCUGGGGACUCAGAUCUCCAACCUUUACCUGUAUGACAGCGUCCUGAUGUUGGCCAACGCCUUCCACCGGAAGCUGGAGGACCGGAAAUGGCAUAGCAUGGCAAGCCUGAAUUGUAUACGCAAGUCCACCAAGCCAUGGAAUGGAGGGAGGUCCAUGCUGGACACAAUCAAAAAGGGCCACAUCACUGGUCUCACAGGGGUGAUGGAGUUUCGGGAGGACAGCUCGAAUCCCUACGUCCAGUUUGAAAUCCUUGGCACAACCUACAGUGAGACCUUUGGCAAAGACAUGCGUAAGCUGGCGACGUGGGACUCAGAGAAAGGCCUGAAUGGCAGCCUGCAAGAGAGACCCAUGGGCAGCCGCCUCCAAGGACUGACUCUCAAAGUGGUGACUGUCUUGGAAGAGCCUUUCGUGAUGGUGGCUGAGAACAUCCUUGGACAGCCCAAGCGCUACAAAGGGUUCUCCAUAGAUGUCCUGGAUGCACUGGCCAAGGCUCUGGGCUUCAAAUAUGAAAUUUACCAGGCCCCCGAUGGCAGGUAUGGUCACCAGCUCCAUAACACCUCCUGGAACGGGAUGAUCGGGGAGCUCAUCAGCAAGAGGGCAGACCUGGCUAUCUCCGCCAUCACGAUCACCCCGGAGAGGGAGAGCGUUGUGGACUUCAGCAAGCGGUACAUGGACUAUUCGGUGGGGAUCCUAAUCAAGAAGCCCGAGGAGAAGAUCAGCAUCUUCUCUCUUUUUGCCCCGUUUGAUUUUGCCGUGUGGGCCUGCAUUGCAGCAGCCAUCCCUGUGGUGGGCGUGCUGAUAUUUGUGUUGAACCGGAUCCAGGCCGUGAGGGCUCAGAAUGCCGCCCAGCCCCGACCAUCCGCUUCAGCCACCUUGCACAGUGCCAUCUGGAUAGUCUACGGAGCCUUCGUACAGCAAGGUGGCGAAUCCUCAGUGAACUCCAUGGCCAUGCGCAUCGUGAUGGGCAGCUGGUGGCUCUUCACCCUCAUUGUAUGCUCCUCCUACACAGCGAAUCUUGCCGCAUUCCUCACAGUGUCCAGGAUGGACAACCCUAUAAGGACAUUCCAGGAUCUCUCCAAACAAGUUGAUAUGUCUUACGGCACCGUCCGGGACUCUGCUGUGUAUGAGUACUUCCGAGCCAAGGGCACCAACCCCCUGGAACAAGACAGCACGUUUGCUGAACUCUGGCGGACCAUCAGCAAGAACGGAGGGGCCGACAACUGUGUGUCCAGUCCUUCAGAAGGCAUCAGGAAGGACAAAGAAGUGAAUUUGGAGCAGGUUCACCGGCGCAUAAACAGCCUAAUGGAUGAAGACAUUGCCCACAAGCAGAUUUCCCCAGCGUCCAUUGAGCUUUCGGCCCUGGAGAUGGGGGGCCUGGCUCCGAGCCAGGCCUUGGAGCCCACGCGAGAGUACCAGAACACACAGCUCUCGGUCAGCACUUUUCUGCCCGAGCAAAGCGGCCACGGCACCAGCCGGACACUGUCAUCGGGGCCGGGCAGCAACCUGCCACUGCCCCUGAGCAGCUCCGCCACCAUGCCCUCCAUGCAGUGCAAACACAGGUCGCCCAACGGGGGGCUGUUCCGCCAGAGCCCGGUCAAGACCCCCAUCCCCAUGUCCUUCCAGCCUGUGCCGGGAGGCGUCCUUCCAGAGGCCUUGGACACCUCCCACGGCACCUCCAUCUGACCGCGCCGCCUGCCCUGCCGCCCGUCCAUCCACCCACCCGACCAGCAGAGCUUUUUAAUACAAGAAAACAACCACACAAACCACACACACGUGCACACACACAUACACACACACCACACAGAGACUCUUUCAUUUUUCUUGUACAUACGUGUAAAUAAUGACAGAAUGGAGUGGGGUAAAAGUGUAUUUUGAAUAUUCCCAAUUUUCGAAGUCAGUAAAAAAAAAAAAAACACAAAAACUGUAUGAAUGACUUUGUAAAUUUUGUUCUAUAUGAAUAAAAAGGCAAAUUACUUGUGAUCA